AUGGAAAUUGAUCCAAAUUAUCAGUAUCUCUAUACAUAUGAUGUUGAAGAUCAUGAGGAAGAAAUCGAUAUUAAAUUCACUAUCCCUAAUAAGUUCAAUCCAAAAGGAAUGAAGAUAGAACUUUCAGAAAAUAAAGAUGAAAUUUGCAUUUCUAUACCAGAAGCUAUCCCAUGCGUUUGCGGUAAAUUAUUUGCACAAAUCCAAGGAUAUACAACAUCUUUUUCUGCCAAAUCUUAUACGAUAUCUCUCGAAAAAGUAGAACACGUUAAAUGGGAUCUUCUUAUCACAGAUCCUCGAUCCAACACAAACGAUAUUGACCCUCAAUCUGCAUUCAAUCUCUUUGCAAUCAAUCAUGACAAGGGAACUCCAGAAGCAAAAUCUUACGCUCAAAAAAUGAUUAAUAUCGCGAUGGAAGCCCAAUUCCUUCCGGCCAUUUUAUUAGGCAUUCAAGCUAAUGUGCAAGAAGGUGGCGAUCAAAACGCUCUAUUUUCUCUUCUUUUAAUCGCUGCAACCAAAUAUCAUCAUCCUUACUCUUGCUUCCUUUUAGGCAAGCUCCUAAUCGAAUCAGGUAAUGACAAAAAGGCUGGAUUCCAAUUACUUAUGGAAGCAGCCCAAAACGGUUUCGGCCUUGCUCUUACACCUUUAGGACAACUACUUUCACCUCUUUCCAACGUUGACUUUGAAGUCAAGAAUGCCAAACAAGCUUUGGAAUGGUUCGAGGCGGUCAUAUCUGUAGCAGAAGAGCCAGUUGCUUUGUACGAAGCCGCCAAAUUAUACGAUGCUGGCCUUGGCUGCGAAGCUGAUCAUGAAAAGGCUUUAUCGUACCAUGCAAGAGCCAAAAAGGUCGAGCCAUCAAUACCAGAUCUUCCUUCACCAAAAUCUGGUUCUUCAAUUCUUAAAACUGUUGGUAUCAGCUUAACUAUCGGCGUUGGAUUCGGCGCCCUUGCAUCUGGCAUUUACAGAAUUAUUAAGAAUCGCAAAAAUUAG